AUGACAGUCAUACCAUCUGAAGGAAUGCCCUGUGAGGACGCCUGGCUACUCGAUCUCUUGUAUUUCAAAAAGACUGAAAAUUUUGUUGACGACGACAUCUGCACCAUAUGCAUGUUGGCAAUAGACACCCCUGAUCGCUUCCUCAUCAACUGCCCCCAAAAACAAGAUUGGCUCUACAAUCCAUGUCAUUUGGCGAUCUCGCUGUACCUCUGGCAUGAACAAAGAUCCCUUCCUAGUGUGAUGCCAGCCAAGGUACUUGUGGUGAUAAGGCUCUUAUUGGACUAG